AUUCAUGACUGUUGAACAACACAUGCUUCUCUGUUAAUUAGCGAGCCUAUCCUGACAGUCCCGAACAUGGAACCACUUUCUGGUGCAGCAAGCGUUAUCGCAGUCAUCCAACUAACAGGGGCCAUCGUGCAGAUAUGUGGAAGUUACAUCAAGAAAGUUGAAGAAGCGAAGCAAGAUAUCCUCCACCUUCGGGAGGAGGUCGACGCCCUUUCUCAGGUACUCAAUCCGCUCAGCAAGCUUCUUAAUAGCACGAACAGUACGAAACUCGUUUCCCAAGACCUAAUCGACAAUAUUGCAAAAUGCUCCUCAAUUCUCACGACAUUGAGGGAGAAAAUCGAUCCAGAAACAACACAGAGACGGAUGAGGAAAUGGGGGCUCCGAGCAUUCAAAUGGCCUUUAAAACGUGAGGAGGUGGUCAAGGCGAUCAGCGAGAUCGAGAGAUACAAAAUGUUGUUCAACUUAUCAUUGCUCGUUGACCAAACGAGAUCUGCCAAUCUUAUCAACCAAAAGAUAGAUAUUAGCCGGUUACAUGUCGCAAAAGGGGCAACAUUUAAUGACUACGAAAACCAACACACUGAGUGCCUUCCCGGGACCCGAGUCAAGCUUCUCCGCGAAAUUGACAACUGGUCCAAGACAUCCGGUGGAAAAUGUAUUUUUUGGUUAAACGGCAUGGCCGGGACGGGAAAGUCAACAAUUUCCCAGACUAUUGCAGGCCAUUUGAAAGAACAAAAUCGCCUUGCAGGGAGCUUCUUCUUCAAAAGGGGUGAACAAGACCGAGGGAAUGCCAAAGUGCUCUUUUCGACACUUGCCAAACAAUUAGGAGGCACUAUACCUCAAAUGGGCCCCAGUAUCCAAAAGGCAAUCGAGGAGGAUCCAGAUAUUCCAGAACGGGUGCUUAGGGAACAAUUUGAGAAACUUAUUCUGCAGCCACUUCUUGCAAUCAGCCAGCGCACAAGUAUGAUUAUGGUGAUCGUGAUUGAUGCAUUGGAUGAAUGUGACCAGGAAGAUGAUGUCCGGGUUAUUCUCCGUCUCUUGCCACGGGUCCAAAAGUCAAGUUCACUGCAGCUACGAUUUCUGUUAACAAGCAGGCCGGUGUUUAAUAGUUUACUAAUAAUACAGUGA